AGCAAUGAAUCACAUCAGGAAUAUAAAGGACAUGCUGAGCAUCCCAACUGGAAGCAGGAACGGUGCUACCAGCUGCUACUCCACUUUAACAGACUCUCAGCUCUUCUUCGGGUCUCAGUUCUGGCCUGACAAUUCCCAGGUUGCCUCACAGGAUAUGAGUUUGUCUUCCAGGAACUCACAGCAAAGUUCACAAGAGGGGAGCGAGCCAAAGUUUUUAAGCAAUUAUCACACUAAACCUCUCCUGUUAGGAAACUUGAACGACAAAACCAGAAUCUGUGGAAUAGUGGAUCAGUUUGAAGAGGACAGGAAAAAGGCAAAAGAAAAAACUGACAAUGACCUUUUAGCCAAAGAAUAUCACCAUAUCAGAGAAACUCUCAACAAUAUUCAACAACUGGUUCUUGACACUGAGAGAAAUACGGCUGUGUCCCAAACAACCUCUGAAAAAAUUGACAAUUUUGCAUCAACAUUGCAAAUAAGUUUAAACAGCCUUCAGAGUGACGUUUCCCUGCAGUUUGACACUUUGGUCAAUAAAGUGAAGUCCCAGAAAGAGGUGAUGACAGAGCUGGAGGGACGGCUGCAAAAGAACGGAGAGGCCACAGCAGAGCUUGAAUCACAUCUGCACGGUUUAAAGAACAGUCUGGAGAGUCUGAGAGAAGAGCAGGAAAGAGAACGACACAUGCUGGAGGAGGCUCUGAAGCUGCUCAACACUUUAGUCUCGGAGCAUUCGGCUAAAUCCAGCGCCGUGGAGGUGACGGAUAGCGCCAUACAGACGUCACCAGCGCUGAAGCAGUCAGUGUCAUCCAAUAUCCUGCAGGAUGACAAGCUUGAUGGCACACAGCUUGCUUGUGCAUCAAACAACCUUGAACAAAAUCAAGUGGAAGUUCCCCCUCAGGAUCACAGCCGCAUCAUUGUGAAGAAGAAAGGCCGUGCGAGGCCCAGAAAGAGACCAGCGGUGCCCUCACAGAAGAGGAAGUGCAGAGUCUCCGAUGAAAACCGUCCCCCUUUAAGGGCCUUUAACAAACAGAAUGUUUCAACAUGUCUCAGUGAUCGCUGUUAUCUGGACACCGUAUCCAGCCAGGACAGUCUGAACCCAGACUGUCUGAUACCGCUGAACGGGGAGGCCGUAUCCAGUAAAGCUGCAGGAUGUUUCAUCAACCCUCUGAACUGCUGGUCUCAGGACAGCAACAGCCCUGUGGGCCUCGAAGGAAUCGAACUCAUAUUAGAAAAGCUUUCACCUGAGAUGAGCACGGUGAAACCUGCAUCCUUCUGGCAGUUGUUUGAAGCUGAUUUAGACCUUUAAAGGAUGAGUAAAGGUGUCUUCUUAUGUUUGGAGCAAAGGGGAAUAAAAGCCCCAAAUGUUUAUUUUCAGGAUUCCUAGUUACUCAUGUUCUAUUGGAAAGUUAUUCCAUGUUUUGAGGAGUUCAUACGAUGCUACGUUUUUAAAAACAUUUUGUUUGCCUUAUGCAUACUGCAGAAGAGCUGUAGAGGGACGUCAGAGAACAAGUAGGUUCAGGGCUGCUUCACCCACAAAACACACAUUUGAAAUGUUAUUUAAAAAAUAUUGUGCUAGUUACAUGUCUGUGCUGACUUUUUAGAAGUAAUUUAUUCUUAUUUCUAUUGUUGACUUUGCAUUGAAAAUAAACUCAAAUCAAA